AUGGGAGAGCAAAGCGCCAAUCGUCCUGAAAUGGUGGAGGCCGCAAAGAAGUUCAUGCUCACACCGAAGGUCCGAGAUACGCCGUUCGAGGAACAGCGGAUGUUUCUUCUUGGAAAAGGUGUCACGGAGUCUGAAAUAGAAGAGGCACGAGCGUCCAUUCCUCCUACUGAGGUGGGUGUUCAUAGUGGAAAUGUCGCAUACUUUUCACCAGCUGGUGCCCCACAGGCUCAACCAAACAGGUUCGUCUCAUUUGCACAAUCAAUGGCAGUUAUCGGGUGUGUAUCAUACGCUGGCUACCGAUUCCUGCGAUCUUUCGUGUUACCGCGAUUCUUCGACAUUCCCGAUCCUGCUACAGAGGAUUUACGGCAGCUACAGGUCCAAGUUAAUGAGCUACAAAAUUCCAUCAAGUUUGUGUUGGACAGCAUAUCGCAAACGACAAACAUGCUUUCCGGUCAACAGCUAGAAAUUAAUCGAGCACUGCUUUCGGUGACUCAACGUGACGCC